AUGUCACUUUUUGGAGCAAGCAAUACGACGUCCAACAAUUGGAAUGCAUCCUCCGGCUUUGGCAGAUCGGCUUCCUUCAGUGGACCCACCGGUACCUCAUUACUAGGGAACGCCAACGCCAAUGCCUCUUCUUCAGGAGGUCUUUUUGGUCUGAACCCUGCCAAUUCCGCCACAAAGCCUGCUUCUGGAGGUUUGUUUGGAGGGUCCAACCCCCCAGCAUCUUCGGGAGGAUUAUUCGGAAAUUCCACCUCCAACUCCUCUGCCCCAGCUGGAGGUCUCUUUGGCAAUUCCAAUAAUUCAGCACCAGCAGGUGGUUUGUCGGGCACUGCUGCCAAGCCCAGCACGAAUCUGGGAGGACUUUUCGGUAAUUCGUCUACAAAUGCUCCAAGCCAGUCCAACACUUCGGCACCAGGUGGAGGCUUGUUUGGCAACUCCAACACCAACAGCUCUGCUGCUCCAUCGGGAGGCUUGUUCGGCAACUCGAAUGCCUCUGGUACUGCAUCAGGUGGACUUUUUGGCAAUUCUACCGCUAACUCAGCUCCUUCAAGUGGUUUAUUUGGCAACUCCAACCCCAGUGCUAACACAGGAGGAUUGUUCGGCAAUACUGCCAAGCCAGCCACAGGUUUGCUCGGAAACACCGCAUCUAAUCCGAACACUGGUGGCUUAUUCGGCUCAUCUACCCAAAACACUACUGGAGGUCUCUUUGGGAACUCUAAUACCGCUGGAAUUGGCUCCAAGCCUGCUGGCUCCUUAUUUGGAAACUCUAAUGUAUCAUCUAAUAGCGGUGGCCUUUUCGGCUCCCAACAAGGAAAUGUGCAGCCAAGUUUAACGAACAAUCCGUACAGUUAUGACCAAGUAUUCAGCAGAUUACAACCAGGUUCAGGGAUGCCUCAAUCCAUUACAGCAUCACUUUUGAACGACAAAACCUCCAAAGACUCUUCCGACAAGAAAAGAAGACAUUCUUAUUUGGAAAGGCAGCAGGAGAGACCAAAAUCCUCGCUAUUGAGCAAACUUGGUCAAACCUUCAAAGUAUUAAGAAACCCAACAACUGCAAACUUCGCAUCUAUUAAAGGAUUAUUCACUCCAUCCAACUACAUCAAAACAACCACUCAGCAACAAUUGCUUAAUAAACCAAACCCUGUGGUUUCUCAUAAAAAUUCUGGAAAAUCGUUGCGUACUUCCUACGUCGGUAGAGGAACAGGUAACUUAAAGAAAUUGGUCAUAAGGUCAAAGCCUUUAAAGUUCCAUCUCAUUGAUGCUGACAAAGUCUUGAACACCAAAAGAAGAAGAAUUUUAACUGAUGGCCUGAACGGAAAGCUAGAUGAUUCAGAUUCCGAAGAAGAGGAGGUAUCAUACUCUACUAAAUCUAAAGAUGAAAAAUACGCCUAUAAGGUGGAUUCUGACAAGGAUCUCAAAAAUCAGAAGGUCCUACUGGGAGAAAGUGUUAAAUCUAGUGAAAUCAUCGAUGAAUUGGAUUCUUUAGAGGCUAACGACGGAUACUGGUGCUCUCCUAAUAUCAGAGAAUUACUUAGCUUAUCUCCUGAAGAAUUGAGCAACGUUGAAAACUUUUUAAUUGGCAGAAAGGGAGUUGGCCAAAUAUCCUACGAUUUCCCAGUUGACUUGACUAAGGUCUUGAAACAAGCAGACGAAAAGAAGGUAUCGUUGAAUAAGCACUUAUUCAAGGAAUGUAUUCAAUUGGAAAAGAAAAUUAUUUUGACCCAUGGAGACGAUGCCCUUGGCUUUGGAAUGAACGUACCAGCCACUGUGACUUUAGAGGGAAUAAAGCCCAAAAACGAAACAAAAACUUCAGAAUUCAUUAAAUACUUGCAGAAUCAAAAAGGUAACGAAUUUGUUACGUAUGAUCCCAUCACUCAUGUUUGGGUGUUCAAAGUGAAACAUUUCAGUGUGUGGGGUUUAGUUGAAGAAUAUGAAACUGACGAUAUUACAGAAUACAAUAAUUUACUUGAAAAGAAGAGGAAACAGGAUGAAAAAGAGAACGAUUCCCUUUCGGAGUAUUCAAGAAUAUAUGAGAAUGACAAAUUCAAUCAAGAAAUCAAGAAACAAAGACUUACACUGCAUACCAACGGAGUUCCUGGAGGUUGGUCAUCUCAAACUAACGCAAGUGAAAAUCCAUUACUUAUCAAGAAAACCUUAGUGAAAGAUGAAAUCAGAAAUCAAGUUGACAUAUUCAAGCAAGAGCAGGAGAUAAACGAGAUAAAUUCCCACGUCAGUGAUAUCACCCUCGAUUCCGGGGAAUCAGAUACUUCUUCCACUACUGAAUCUGUGGAGUUUGAAGUUGCUAAUACCCCAUCGCAUAAUUUUGACUAUUUGAAGCAAUUAGUUAGCGUGCUUCCUAGAAACACUAAUAUGCUCGAAAUAGUCGACGAAAAAGCAUUUGAACCGGAAAUAUCCAACGAUGCCAUAUUUAAUAGUGUUCAAGGCAAGCAUAAUGUUCCUGUCUCGAAAGACUGGCUAGUGCAAUUGGAGUUAGCAAAUGAUAUCAACUCUUCUUUGAAUCCAUUGACUGUUAAUGCGAAGAUCACCAAGCCAUUGACAUUCUCUAAUAUAGAUGAGAUGGUGUUUUCAGAGUUCAAUCAUGAAUCAUUGAAACAAGCAGAUUUCGUACCGCAGGCAAAAGACUUGGGCAUAAUAGAGGACAUAGAGGUAGAUUCCAAUGAUGAUAUCUAUCCAAACAACAUCCCCAAGAUAGUUAAGUACUUAAGAGAAAAUUCAAUUAUCAUAAAAAGAGAUAACGAAUUUCCAUUGGUGCAACUGUCCAAUGAAUUAAAAUUUCAAGAUUUGGUGUCUGGUGGUCUGAUAUUAGAAGAGGAACAACUUCUUAAUUUGUUCUCUUCCUUGUUUGAUAAUCAUACAAAGGGUCCCGAAUUUGAAGGACUUAUUGACGAUGAGCUCAUUGCUAGGUUGACUGAAAUCAAAAAUAAGCAGGUGUUUGGGGAAUGGUUGCAGCAAUUCUCACAGACUGAUAUUGAUCGUCUAAGCCAAGACAAGAAGGAUCCUUUGAAUCAAAUAUUUAUCCGUUUAUGCUCUGGUAAGUUGCAAUCAGCCAUUGAGACUGCUCUCAACUCUAAUAAUGACCAUCUUGCGGUUAUCUUAACUUUAGCUGAUUCAGAUGAAGAAACUGUGAAAUCUUUAGCUAAAAACCAAUUGAAGGAAUGGAAAGAAACUGGUGCAUUCUCAUUAAUCCCUAAGCCAAUCGUCAAUAUCCACAAAAUUUUGUCCGGAGACUUCAAAGAUGUAUUGGAAGAAUUGCCAUGGAAUUUGGCUCUCUCGGUUAAAUUAUUUUAUGGAGGUAACUCGUUGACCUUACCAAAGUUGAUAGGAGAGUUUUUGAGCAACCAUAAUGAAUCUAAUCCUGUGAUUGAAGUCUUCCAAUUCUAUGAUCAUGUCAAUCUGCAGACAAAUGGGUUUGUGGAGAAAUUUAUCAAUUCUACGCACUUGAAUAUUAAGUUGAAAUGGUUAGCCCUAAAGGUGUUGAGCGAGAAACUUUCCAUCAAAGCGGAAGAGUACGAUGGGUUAUCUUUUUCAUUUGGAUCUUAUUUGACUGGCUGUGGAUUUUGGAAAGAGGCCAUUUUUGUUUACGCACAUGUCUCAGACUCGGAGAAAGCAAAGGAAGUGUUACGCAAGGUUGUUAUUUCGAAUAUCAAAUACAUCAAAGAUUCCAUCAGAGGUAUUGAUGAAGAAGAAGAACUCGUUGAGGUGUAUCAGAUCUCGCGUAACCUCAUCAAUGAGGCUGUUGCUAUUGAAAAAGCCUCACUUGGAGAUUAUUGGAGUCAAACCUGGGCAUUGGUAAGGGCUGAGUUGUGGGAAGAAGCCCACACUGCCAUUAUCACUCAUUUGGCUACCGAAACUAUCAUAUCUAACAAUGAAGAAUCCAAGUUGGAGUUGAUCAAUUUACUUUCGCAUUUCCCCCAGUCGGGGCUUAUUAUUCCCGACUGGAGCAAGGGUGCUCAGAUUUACCACAAUUUCAUCAAAUUGGAAGCUGAGUACAAUAGAGAGCUUGUGGAACAGUUGUUGAACAAUAUUCCUUUGGCCAAAGAGAAGUCUACCUUCGAGGCCAAAACUGCGUUGAAGUUAAUUUCUAAAAAGGUGGGAGAGAUCGCGUUGGAGCAUCCGGAACUUGCCGACGUCAAGAGCAGAGUACUUGGGUUGGUGCUUGGUGAGGUUGAACGCAGCUACUUCAAUGUUAGACUCCAGGCUCUCUAA